AAUUUCUAUCUCGUUAGUCAAGAAGAGACACUUCUUCGUCUCCAACUCUCUCUCUCUCUCUCUCUCUCUCUCUCUGUGAAGCAAAGGCCAUGGAUCGCACCCAGAUCGUUCUUCUAGGGUUACCACUCUUCCUCUUCUGCUUCGAUGUCCUUAACCUCUUCACUCUCCGACCACCACCGCCUCCUCCUCACAAGGCUCAUCACCACCACCACCACCACGACCACCUCCAAAACAAACCACCUCCGCUCCCCAAAGACACCCUAGACUUCCCCUCACAGAAACCAAUCGCUGGAGCAGUGGGGGUCGGCAACACAGUCAAGAUUAGCUUCUGCACCUCUUGCUCUUACAAGGGGACUGCAGUAACAAUGACCAAGAUGCUAGAGGCUGCUUAUCCUGGGCUUGAAGUUGUUCUUUCAAACUAUCCCCCAGCUUUACCAAAGCGUCUGCUUAGCAAAUUAGUUCCUGCUGUUCAAUUUGGAAUAUUUGGGAUUGUCAUGGGGGGUGAGCAACUUUUCCCUAUGGUGGGGAUGGUACCUCCUCCUUGGUUUUACUCUUUGCGUGCGAAUAGGUUUGGAACCAUGGCAUCUACUUGGCUUCUUGGUAAUGCAUUGCAGUCCUUCCUUCAAGGCACUGGCGCUUUUGAAGUUUCCCUCAACGAUGAAUUGAUUUUCUCUAAGCUCCAGGAGGGAAGAUUUCCAGGAGAGAUUGAACUAAGAGAUGCCAUUGGCAGGAAGUUGGUCAAUUCAGGAAUCACAGGUGACGGGGCAUUAUGGACCUAGUCUGCUUUUAAAAGUCUGAAUGUAUGCGACUUUCAUAGUUGGUUCAACUCGGGAAUGACUAGUUAAUCAUCAAUAUUGUACGAAAUAACAUCAGUAAAUGUUUUGCAGAUAGGUUGGACCUUUUGUGUGCAAUACCUGAUUCUCCAUUGCUACAUGAUACAUGCAUUGGUUGGAUUUGAGAUGUCUUGGAUCUUGUUAGUGUAGUUUCAUCUCCUUCGGUAUAAUAUCUGUUCUAAUCAAA